AUGAAGAUUUUACAUACAGUAGAGGAAGUCCGUGAAUGGAGAAACAAUGUUAUUACGAAUGGUGGUGGUGGUGGUAGUAGUGUAGGGUUUGUCGCUACUAUGGGAUGUCUUCAUGAGGGACAUAAAUCAUUAAUUUCUCAAUCGCUUAAAGAUAAUGAAUUUACAGUGGUAAGUAUCUUUGUGAAUCCUUCACAAUUUGCUCCUACUGAAGAUUUAGAUAAAUAUCCUCGUACCAUGGAUGAAGAUAUCACAAUGUUAGUAAGUUUAGGAGUAAACAUUUUAUUUGCUCCUAAUGCUCAUGUGAUGUAUCCUCAGGGAAUCCCAUUAAAUGUGGAAGAACAGAGAGGUCCCUUUGUUACUGUGUUGGGGUUGAGUGAAAUGUUAGAAGGUAAGACAAGACCCAAUUUUUUCCGUGGUGUUGCUACAGUUGUUAUGAAAUUGUUAAAUAUUGUUAGUCCUAAUGUAGCCUAUUUUGGUCAAAAGGAUAUUCAACAAUUUAUUGUAUUGGAUACUAUGUGUAAAGAAUUAUUUGUUAAUACUAAGUUAGUUAUGAUGCCUAUUAUUAGAGAUGAAAAAUCUGGGUUAGCUUUAAGUAGUAGAAAUAAAUAUUUAUGUGAAGAAUCAUUGAAAAUAGCCUCGAAUAUUUAUCGUGGAUUAAAGGAGGGUCAAUUACAUGUAGGAAGAUCAAGAGAGGAUAUUAUGAAGUCUAUUGAGGAUGUUUGGCAACCUUUCAUUGAUAGCGGUGAUUUCGAAGUUGAUUACAUUUCUAUUGCUGAUUUCAAGACUUUAAAGGAAGUAGAUACCGUUCCAACUCGUACAACCACCACACAAACACCGAAUGUGGUGUUAAGUUGUGCAAUUUAUUUGAAAGACCGUGCAAAUUCAAACACUGUAGUCAGAUUGAUUGACAAUAUUUUGAUAUAA